AUGCCCGAGUCUCCCCUCAGCCCCUCUGCAGCUCGUCAAAGCUCCGUCAGCUCGCUCCUCUCUCACUCCGACACCGGGGGGAACGAGAGCGCGGCUAAUGGGGCGUCCUGCCGUGAAACCAACGCUCACAACUGGCACAGCCUCCAGCACAGACAGUUGGUGAUGGCCAUGAUGGCUCCACAGCAGCAGCUCCUGACGCCAAACCAGCUCCAGGCUCUGCUCCAGCACAAACAGCAGGCGCUACUGUUACAGCAGCAACAUCUGAAAGAUUUUUACAAGGGCCCCAGUUCUCAGCAGUGGGUUUUCCAGCAGCUCCUUCAGCUCCAGCAGCAGCAGCUCGUCCAGAGGCCAGUGUCCUCCUCCGCCCUCCCUCCAGAAAUUCACCAAAUUUGGAAGGAGCUUCUGAGUGGAAUAACAGAAGCUAAAUUCAUUGAUAACAUCCCACCAGAGAAGUACAGCAGUGAGCACAAGUCUCCAACUUCUGAUCCCAAAAGUGUUGUUAAAGUAGACUCUGCACACACGCUCUUCAGUCAUGGUGUGUGUCUGUGGCCUGGCUGUGAUGCAGUUUGUGACGACUUCAGCCAAUUUAUCAAACACAUGGACAGUGACCACAGUCUGGAUGAUAAAACCACAGCUCAGUGCAGAGUCCAGCGGCAGGUGGUGCAACAGCUCCACGUCCAGCUCUGUAAGGAGAAAAAGCGUCUCCAGGCCAUGAUGUCUCACCUGCGUUUGCCUUCUUUAGAGGUUCCUCCUGCUCCAUUGGACAAACCCGCUGACCCUCUGUCUGCACAGGUUGCCUCUGUGCUGGUCGCUCAUAAGCUCACCUCGGUCAGUCUGGACUCUGCACAGACUCUGGACCCUGAGAGCGUCCCAUCUGAGAGUGUCCUGUCUGAGAGUGUCCUGUCUGAGAGUGUCCUGUCUGAGAGGGUCCUUUCUGAGAGCAGUGAGGAGGAGGCACCAGACUCACCCUGCACUGGGGCAAUACGACAGCACCCGCUGGUCUACUCGCUGUCAUCAGAGAAAGAAUAUGAACUCUACAAGAACACAGAUAUAAGACCUCCUUUCACCUACGCCACACUCAUCAGACAGGCCAUCAUGGAGGCAGCAGACAUGCAGCUCACCCUCAAUGAGAUUUACAACUGGUUCACUCGAACUUUCGCUUAUUUUAGACGCAACGCCGCCACUUGGAAGAAUGCCGUGCGGCACAACCUGAGUCUGCACAAGUGUUUUGUUCGAGUGGAGAAUGUGAAAGGAGCCGUGUGGACUGUGGACGAGGUGGAGUACCAGAGGAGGAGGUCCCAGAAGAUCACAGGGACCCCAGCUUUAAUACAGUAA